AUGCCUGACGGGGGAACAGGCAAGAAGUUCACCUACGCCACGACGGUGGUAGCUGGCGUUGCCUCUCUGGCUGCGACUCUGCUCUCGGUUGUCUCGAUAUGGCUCCAGGCCAAGAACUACCGGAAGCCACUCCUGCAGAGAUAUGUCAUCCGCAUCCUGCUCAUGGUGCCCAUCUACUCCAUCGCCUCGUGGACGAGCAUGGUGUCGUUGACCACGGCCGCCUUUCUUGACCCGAUCCGAGACAUCUACGAGGCCUUUACCAUCUACACCUUCUUCCAGCUGCUCAUCAACUACCUGCAUGGAGAGCGCUCCCUCAUCAUCAUGACGCAUGGGCGGGCUCCCGUUCAACACCUCUGGCCCCUCAACUACGUGCUUCGCAACGUCGACAUCUCAGACCCGCACACGUUCCUCUCCAUCAAGCGCGGCAUCCUACAGUACGCGUGGCUCAAGCCCAUCCUUGCCCUCGCCGCCAUCGUCAUGAAGGCGACAGGCACAUAUCAGGAGGGCUACAUCGGGCCUGGGUCCGGGUACCUGUGGAGCGGCAUUUUAUAUAACAUCAGCGUGACUCUCAGCUUGUACUCGCUGGGCCUCUUCUGGGUCUGCAUGCAUAAGGACCUGCAGCCGUUCCGACCAGUCCCCAAGUUCUUGUGCAUCAAACUCGUCAUCUUCGCUUCCUACUGGCAAGGUUUCUUCUUGUCCAUUCUGGUCUGGCUGGGUGCCAUCCCGGAUGAUGUGGAAGGCUACACGCGAGACAACCUCGCUGCCGCCAUCCAGGAUGCCCUCAUUUGCAUCGAAAUGCCCAUCUUCGCCGUGGCCCACUGGUAUGCUUUCUCGUGGCAUGAUUUCGCCAACAACGACAUCUCCUCUGCACGAAUGCCCCUCAACUACGCACUGAGGGAUGCGUUUGGCGUCAGGGACCUGAUUGAGGACUCCAGGGAGACUUUCAAAGGCAAUACUUAUGGCUACAGGGCAUUCGAUUCGGGGGACAAGGUCAUGGCUCAUGAAGACUCCAAGUCGAGGCUUGCCAGACUCCGCGAAGGCAUGCGUUAUGAGAGAGGCGGAAAAGGCAAAUAUUGGAUACCCAAGCCAGGGGAGAUCAACGCCGCAUCCCCGCUGUUGGGAUCGAACGGCGAGCCAAGCUCAUCCCGUCCUGAUCUGAUAAACGACAACACACACGGCACUUUUGAGGAACCCGAGAUUGAUGACGACGACGAGCGUCUCUACAGCUCUGCGCGGCAGCUAGAGUUUGGUGACUGGAACUAUCCCGUUAUCACCGCCAGUGAACCGCUGAGCGAAAGAUAUCGGUCCUCGCAAGCUAGCUUGAGGGCAGGGUCCCCCGGCUGGGCUCCCACAGCUUCACCAUCGCCCGCUCCUCUUCCGGUCAGCCCGCCACCACAUUCGGAGAGGAGCCGCUCAACGGAAGAGCCACAGCAGGUCGUUCCCAUCAAGAAGAAGAGGACGAAAAAGAUUGUCAAGCACGCUCAGCCCAACACGUCAGACCUGGGGCUCGGUCGCGGUCCACCGGCGCCUCAGAGCGCAGAGCAAGGCCGAAGCGCCGAUCCUAGGACGGAGGAGGCAAGGCCACAGGUCGAUGUUGAGGCGCAGCAACAGGAAGACCGAGGACCGCAAAUUCAUGUGCCGGACAGCGACGAAUUCCGCAAUGUCUGGGACGGCGAUCGGUGA